UUACCAAUAAAUUGAUAACAAAAUGGCAGGCGACGUGAUAUAUGAGGCACCGAGAAGAUCGGCGGCGAAAAUGCGAGUCCACGACUACUUGUACGAUUCCGCGUUCAUAGUUUCAAGCGCAAGGGACUUCGCCAGGAUGGCGUUCAAAGCAGCCAUGGCAUCAGCGCAACUGACAAUACAGCCCGUGUACGAGACGAUGUUCUCGGAGUCCCGGCAGUACCCGAGCGUGCAAGUCGUAUACCACCCCAACUGCCGCCUGCCCGCGCACGUGGACCGCUCGUACGCCGCGCACCGACAGCGCGCGACUACCCGCGCGCCGCCCGCGCAGCCCGCCACGCACACCUAUAAGUACACCGCCAUGCCCAAGAAGGUGUUGCCAGUAAAAAGCGCGUCUCCUGACUUCCAGCCACCACGGCCGCCGUCACCACCGCGACACAACAAACCCAUAAGCAGGGGGACACAGAGCGUCUACAGGGAAUCAUCAGCACAGACUCGUCCGUGGCAGCCGGACAGUAAAGUGGCGGAGGGCUGCGGGGAAACCCCGGAGGUUCUGUACCUGGAGAAUAUGGAAUGGGGGCCCGGCAUUCCUUAUCGCACUGGAGACUUACCAGCCGACUUCCACACCACAGAAAUUAUUAACAAGAUGAGACACGCCAGGAAGUGGUCGGAGCUGGUGGAGAAGGGACAGGCUCCCGGCUGGCUGAAGAAACGAAACGCCAUCAUCGCCGACAUCGAGACCAAGGACUAUAUUUUCCGGGAGGCGGAGAUCGACGAACUGCAGGAGAUAAGGCUGAGCAUAUUGCACAAGAUGCAAGCGCAGCACAGACUGCAGCAGACCAACAGGACGAGCAUGAAGCUCGCCGAGCUGUGGACGAGGAAGAAGCGGGAGAUGGAGAGGAAGAUUGAGAGUAUACGGAGGAAUAGAGAUAGAGAGUUGCGCAAGUUGUCGCAGUCGCACAGCGGCGCGAAACGCUUAGAGGCGCUCCGUGACGCGCGAGGCGCGCGCGCUGCCAUCGGCGCCGCUGCAGACCGCAGCAGCAGUACGCACGCGCCACUCGCGCGACAUGGAGUCCAGGCGCGGCACCGACACGCACGGCUUACGUAUGACCUGUCACUGCUAGAACUGGAAGACCACGAAAAGCUGAUGAGCACGCCGCCGUGGUUGGAACAGUGUCUCCAGCUGAAGCGCACGUGGUCCGGCCACGAGCGGCCGCGCGACCAGCACCAGCUGUGCGAGCGAGAGACCAAGUGGAGCGAGGACUUCUUGGAGACCCUGCACAACGAUCUCAAGAAGGCUCGACUGGGGGCGGCGGUGGUGUCUGCCGGGCCGCUGCACAUCCUCAAACCGCGGGUGAUCCCCGCUCCCCCCUGCGUGGAAACCCCUGAAGUCGAGGGGAUCCCGGAUGAGGAGGAACUCAGCCAUCAAUCAGCGCUGGUGCUGCAAAAGAUCAUCAGGGGACGAGCUGUGCAGAACUUGAUGGUGGAGGGUCGGACGAGGGCGGCGGAGCUGAUGCAGGAGCUGAAGACCACGCACGGGCUGCAGCAGGAGGACAAGGAGCGCAUCGAAGCUGAGGCGGUGCGCGCCCGGGACUACCGCAUCACGCGCACCGCCGCCGAGCAAAAGGAGGAAGCUAUAUCAGCUCUGGUGGAGGAGCUGUGUGGUGGCGCCGUGUCGGCUGCUCUUGACUUCCUGGAGAAGGAGCUUCGCAGACUCAAAGAGGAGAGACGCCAACACGCCUAUAUACUUAUUGCACUAAGAGAAAAGACACUUCGCGAAGCUGCUGAAGCGGGCCGACGGCAGAAGGAGGUGCAAAGGAGACGAGAACACGACGAGAUCUUCAAACAGGUGGUGGGCGUGACGCAGGAGACGGUAGACUUGUACCUGCGAGACGUGAUCCGCGAGGGUGUGGAGCUCGCCGCCGAAGAGGACGCGGUGCGGCGGGCGCGCGACGCCGCCGACGCUGUUGAGCAAACGCUGGAGAAGCACGGCUCUAUGUCCACGGCGGAGCAGUGCGACGCGGUGGCUGAUUUGGUCCACAACUUCCUGCUGCCGGAGUCGCAGAGAGCCGCGGCCAGGCUGCGGCUGUCGGCGUUGCAGGCGACGCGGAUGGAGAGCGUCCGGAAGGAGAUAUUCGGUGCUAUGGACGAGGAUGAUGUUAAGAAAGAUCCAUGUACCGUAUGCGGCGAUGUACCGGGAGGCUGCAGGUGUCGCGCGUGUGACGGCGGUGUGCCGCGCGCCGUCGCCACCACCGCCAGGGACGACCCGAGGUGGAAGUUUGCACGUCGUCGUCCCGUCACGGAGAGGAGCUACGACGAGCGGUUCCCGCCGGCGUUCGAGAUGGCCGCCAUCGCCAACGCCUUGGUCGACAACGCUGUGCGUCUCUCUCACAUACACCGCGAGGAGCGUUGUCGCGUCGCGGCGGAGUUAGGGCGGCUCCUACGCGACGCCGUCGAGGUGCGGCUCGAUACUGCGACCGUAAUCGAACAUGCUAUAUCAGUGGCUACUGGCGAAGUGCAGCUUCCGGUGAAGCAGCCGAAGUACCACUUCGUCAUCAGAAGCGCCUACUACGACGCCGCCGAGAGGGAGCGGCCGCCCCAAGUCGAGAUGAAUCCUAGGGAAUUGCCGUCAGACAUCAGAAGAAGGCAACUAGAGGAAGCUGAACGAGCGAAACCAAAAGACGAGACUUGUAGAUGCUCCGAUGACGCUGACACGAUAUACGAAAUUGAUACCCUGACUGCGGAGCGGCGGCGCGCGCUCCUGCCGUCGGAGCUGCGGCGGCUGGAGGAGCUGAAGCGCUGCAAGUGCGACGCCGCGCCUACACCACCCAACAGCGAGCUGGACAUCGCAGCUCCUCUCGUGGGCCCCGAGGCGUCAACUCCAAGUGACAGUACUGUGACCACGGAGGGGACAACGGGUCUUACCGCCGCAGACACUCAAGAAACUCAAGGUCUAAACGAACAUGAUGACCUUGAACACUGAUGGGUCGCGUCCCUUGCAGCGAGGAUCGGAAAGCCACCCUAGACCUCUGAAAAUCCUUGGAACCCCGAAAAGGAAUUUUAGGAUAAAGGAAAGAGGGAUAGUUUUUGUGCUGAAUAUAAACUUCGAUGUAGCUCGUGUGUAUAAUAUAUUUAACUAUUAUUAGACAUUUAUGAACUUGUAUACAAAUUAUACACAGUAAAUCA